AUGAAUAUAACAAUUCUAAGAUUAUGUCAUCGUCAAAUUCAAAUAUUUCUACUGAUAACUAUAAUAAGUACUCAUGGUCAAAUGAAAAAUAUUACAAAUGAUUCAGCUAGUGUUAUACCCGAAGUCCAUUUUUCUAUGAUGAAUUCCAUAAAUCUUUCUAAUUCAGAUAUGAGUACUGAAUCAUCAAUUGUUAUGGAAGAUGUAAAUGACAUUAUUAGUAAGAGUAAUAAUUUCAAUGAUAAUGCAAUUCUAAAAGAACAAACUACGAAUUCAUCAACAACAGACACAUCUGUUUAUAUAACUCCUAAUAGAAAUAUAAUAGUAAGCCAAGCUACAAUCUUCGAGAAUGAUUCAACAAUACCAGUUACUACUACAACUAUGAUAUUUACUUCUAAAGAAUCAAAUGCCAUUAAUGUGACUUAUCGUACAUCAUCAAUGUUUACGGGACUCGUUACUUACGAUUGUUCUACUAUGAACAUCUCUGAUUUAAUAAUAGACACGAAUACACCAGCGAAUUGUUCUGUUCUUGAAUGUUCUUCAAAUAAUGAAAUUAACAUAACAUGUCACAGGAUUGAAAAUAAGGCUGGUCGAGACUUUGAAUUCAUUCUCGGUAUACAUAAAAAUAAUCAAUCUAUUAUUAAUAAAACUUUCAUUGUUACACUUAAACCAUUACUUCUUAAUACUUCAGCAAAUAUCAACAUAACAGUUCAUGAAAAUCUAACAUCAGCAUCUAUUUUAGUAUCAAAUUGUGAGGAAAUAGCUGAACCAGACAAACUCACCUUUAAAUGCGAUAGUUCCAAUCAAUCAAGCGAAUCUUCUCUAAUUAAUUGUACACAUACAUGUGUCGAUCUACAACCAGGUUGUGUUUAUGAAGCAUCAUUGAUUUUAUCACCCAUUAAAAUAUCUGAUAAAGAAAAUGACACGUUUCCAAAUGAUACUAAAACUGAAACAUAUCGCAUAGACCUUGAUAAAAUAACAAAUUUAACUUUGGAUGGAAAUGUGACACAAGAUGGAACAGCAUUGAUUUGUUUUAAUCCUCCACGUGGAUAUUAUGAUGAACUUCGUUUUAAUUGUUAUGCAAAAGAUCAAAAUUGUCCCGAAUCUAAUCAGAACCUAACCAAUAAAAUUACAAACUGUUCGAACUGCAGUUUCGUUUGGAUAUCUCAAGUAAUUCAAGGAGUUGAAUAUGAAUGUCAAGCUUGGACUAUGAAAGCAAAUUUCAGUGAUGCUACAUCGGAUCCACUUCUAUUUAACACAAGUCUAACACCUGUGUUGUAUGGAGGACAGAACUUCUUUAACACAAGUCGUAUUAGUUUCCCUGUUACUCCUCAAAGUGAUUAUGAUAAUAUUAGAAUAAAUUGUAUUGCAGUUGGUCAUCGAUCACCGUCUUGUUCUGAUGUUAUAAGUCAACAUAAUAGUUGUUCCACAACUUUGCAACUUAAUGGAACUCGUGGAUGUGACUAUCAAUGUUCUUUUAUAACACAGAAAAUGCAUUAUAAUAACGCAAUUUCAACACCGGUCACCAUUUCACUUUGUGAUUAUUUUAUUAAUUUAAUAAAAAAAAAUGAAUGCAUCGUUUAUUUAGGUCCUCCAACACCAAUAAUUGAAGAAUACAGAAACGCAUCUCGAUCGAUAUAUAUUAAAUGGAAAAUAGACGAAACUUCAUAUAUUCAAUCUUUUGAUCUAUUCAAAAACAAUAUUGCUAUAGAAAAUGCGAAUGACGCAAUUGUUUCAGUCAGCGAUACAAUUUUUUCUUAUAAUUAUACAGAUGAUAUUAAACCCUUUCAAACUUAUGAGCUUUACGUUCGACUCAAUUCAAAUUAUAACGUGCCAUCUAAGUCGAUUGUUGUUACGACAUCACCAGAAGCACCUAAAAAACCAACUGAUAAUGAUGUGAAGAAUAAAAUAAUUCUACAAGAAAUGCAUGAGGCAUCAACAAGUAAUCAAUAUGUCAUUAAUAUAGAUCUAUCAUUAUUUUCUGAUGAGUAUGGUAUUGUAAAGAAAUAUUUAAUUUAUGUUCGUCAAGAUCAAAAUAAUAAUAUGCCAGAAAUAAUAUUGAAUGGAACAUAUGCUGAGGCUUUAAAUAAUGCAUUAAUCGAUUAUUUGGCUGCUGAAAUUCUGAUCAGUUCUUCAGCAAAAAAUCUAAUAAACAAGAAUGGCAAUAUCACUGUAUUACUUGGUAAUGAAACAAUAUGUUUAAACGAGUCUGUAAAAUCUACUCCAUGUAAUGGUCCAUUAAAACCUUCGACAAAUUAUAAAGUGAUUGUGGGUGGUUGUACAAUUGCUGGUUGUACUCAUGUGCUUUCUCAGCAAUUUAAAACACAGAAUUUACCAACGCCACCUAAUAAUCCGGGAUCAUCAAAAGCAUGGGUUGUCAUAUUUCCACUUUUAGCUGUUGCUGUUGUUGCUGGUCUAGCUGUAUGGAAACGAAAACUACUUAAACAAAUGUUUGAUAGGAAAAUUAAACCGGACAGAAAGUAUUCAAAAGAUUCGCGGAGUUCAUCAAUAUCAUUAUCAUCAAUAUACGUUCCUCCACGGAAGAGACCAAAACCACUUUCAAAAUAUGUUAACAUGACAGAUGAAGACAAAAAAGCAAUAUACGCCGAAUAUCAAGAAUUGGAUAGUACCUCUCCACAAUAUCGUCCGUCAGAAGAUGAUUCCGAAUAUGCAAUUUAUAAUCGAUAUAGUAACAUUCCUGCUCGAGGACCUUGGGAACGCACAGCUGUUCAAUUGAAUGGUCUUCAUCGUUUUCAUGAUUAUAUAAAUGCAAAUGAAAUAAAAGGAUUGUCUAGUGAAAAACAAUAUAUAGCUUGUCAAGGUCCAUUAGAAACAACUUGUGAAGAUUUUUGGGAUAUGAUUAUUCAAUAUGGUGUAAAGAAAAUAGUUAUGUUAACAAGAACAGAAGAACGAAAUCCUCAUAAUCAUUCACAAACAUUAUCGAAAUGUUAUCGUUAUUUUCCUGAUAAAAAAGGAAAAUUAUUAACAUUUAAUAGAGUAUCUGUUCAAGUGAUCGAUGUUGAAUAUCAAGAAAACGUUGAUCUUGAAAUUCGUCGUAUACUUAUUAAAGCUGAUAAUAACGAACAUCAUGUAUUUCAUUAUUAUUUUACUGGUUGGCCAGAUUUCAGUGUUGUUGAACCACGAAAAUUACUUGACCUUAUUCAAUAUAUUAAUAAUCAUGGAAAAAAUCAAUUAAUUUCAGUUGAACAAUCAAAAAAAACUUCAUUAUCACCUACAGUUAUUCAUUGCAGUGCUGGUGUUGGUCGAACAGGUACUUAUAUAGCAGUAGAUAUUAUUAUGCGUUUAAUUGAUCGAUCACAACAAGAUUUAUUAACAAUGCAACUUGAUGUUAUGGGUGUUGUUUAUCAAUUAAGACAAGAUAGAGGAAAAAUGGUACAAACUAAAGAUCAAUACAUGUUAGUAAAUCGUUGUGUAGAAGAAUAUUUAAGAGAAACUAAUCGAUUAAAUGAUAUUUUACAACAAUCAUCGCUAUACGGAAAUGUGAAUAUGAAUUCUACACAACCUAAUAACAACGUAAUUACGGAAUCACCAUCGAAUUAUGUUAAUAUAAACAAACCCAGUCCAUCUGAAGCCGGUGCUAAUAGUUCUCGUUCCAGUCCUGUUAUACAAUCUAAAUAUUGA